GUCACUGACUGUCCGCUGUCACAGAUAUCAACAAUGUUUUUCUACUUAUUUGUAUUCUUUCAAAGUUUUUAAAGUUUUAUUCAUAAAAAUGGAUUCUUCUGAUAUAAUUGACGAUAAAGACAGCGGGCCGGAGGUCCAGAUGAACUUCCCAAGUUCUGUGAUGAGUAGAAUAGAAGAAUUGAUGGGAGGAACUGAACAGUUCGAUAGCACUGAGUUUGAUCCAGUGGCGUACAUCAACCGGGUGUUCCCGACGGAGCAGUCCCUGUCCGGGGUGGAGAGUGCGGCGGCUCGGUGCGAGUUCCGGCUGUCUGGCGUGGAGCAGGACAUCCGCAGGCUGGUGCGGGCACAGGCUGAGCAGCGCGAGGCUGGACAGAAGGCCUUGCUUGAGGCACAGAAGUGCAUCGCUGAGUUGGCAUUGCAGGUGGCAGACAUAAACAAGAAGGCGGAGCGCAGCGAGAGCAUGGUCCGCGAGAUAACGUCGGAGAUCAAGCAGCUGGACUGCGCCAAGUCGAACCUGACGGCGGCCAUCACGGCGCUCAACCACCUGCACAUGCUGGCGGGCGGCGUGGACGCGCUGAAGACGAUGACCGACGGCCGCCAGUACAAGGAGAUCGUGCUGCCUAUGCAGGCCAUCAUGGAGGUGCUGCAGCACGUGGCGUGCUACGGCGGCAUCCGCGAGCUGGGCGCGCUGCGCGAGCGCGUGCUGGCCAUCCGCCGCCGCCUCGCCGCGCAGAUCCUCGCCGACUUCCAGCACGCCUUCACCGCGGGCAGCAAGAGCGCGGUGUCGCACAAGACACUGUCGGAGGCGUGCGCGGUGGUGGACAUCCUCGAGCCCAAGGUGAAGCAGGAUCUGCUCAAGUGGUUCAUAGACAUGCAGCUGCAGGAGUACCGGCACCUGUUCUCGGCGGAGCAGGAGGGCGCGUGGCUGGCGCACGUGGAGCGGCGCUACGCGUGGCUCAAGCGCCACCUGCUGGCGCUCGAGGACGCCGCCGCCGGCCUCUUCCCGCGCGGCUGGCGGCUCAGCGAGCGCAUCGCGCGCCGCUUCGGCAAGAUCACGCGCGACGACCUGAGCGAGCUGAUGUCGUCGCGGCGGAACGAGGUGGACGUCAAGCUGCUGCUGUACGCCAUACAGAAGACGUACAACUUCGAGUUGCUGCUGCACAAGCGGUUCACCGGCACAGACUUGGAGGCCAGCAACCUGGAGAGCGCCACGGAUAGACAGGCCAACGCAGAUGCAGACUCCAAAGAGGCGCUGGACGACGACUUGCCGGACAUGAGCCGGCCGGGCUCGGCGUGGGUCGGGCUGAUCGGCAGCUGCUUCGAGCCGUACCUCUCGCUCUACAUACAGUCGCUGGACUCCAACCUGCGCUCCUUCAUGGACAGGUUCCUGCAGGAGGCGCGCGCGCCGGAGGGCGGCGAGGUCGCGCCGGGCGGGGCGGCGGUGGGCGGGGCGGGGGCGGCGGUGGGCGUGGCCGGCGGCGGCGGCGGCGGCGGCGGCGGCGGCGCGGUGAUCGCGAGCUGCGCGGACCUGUUCGUGUUCUACAAGCGCUGCCUCGUGCAGUGCGCGCGCCUCACCACCGGACAGCCCAUGCUCGAGCUGGCGGGCGUGUUCCAGAAGUACCUGCGCGAGUACGCGGGCGGCGUGCUGGCGGCGGCGCUGCCGGGCCGGCCGCCGCCCGCGCCGCCGCUCGUCGCCACCAUGCACACGCUGCUGCGGGACGACGCCGCGCCCGCCAGGUACACGAAGCAGGAGAUAGCAAAAAUCACGAGUGUGAUCACCACGUCGGAGUACUGCCUGGAGACGACGGUCCACCUGGAGCAGAAGCUGAAGGAGAAGGUGGCGCCAGGGCUCGCCGACAAGAUAGACUUCGUGUCCGAGCAGGACCUCUUCCACAAGAUGAUCACCAACUGCAUACAGAUGCUGGUGCAAGACCUGGAGGUGGCGUGCGAGCCGGCGCUGCAGGCCAUGACCAAGAUAUCGUGGCUGCACUUCGACACCGUGGGCGAUCAGAGCUCAUACGUCACGCAGAUCAUCAUGCACCUGAAGAACACCGUGCCCCACCUGCGAGACAACCUGUCCUCCUCCAGGAAAUACUUCACCCAAUUCUGCAUACGAUUCGCCAACUCGUUCAUACCUAAGUUCAUACAGAACAUAUAUAAGUGCAAGCCGAUAUCGACGGUCGGCUCCGAGCAGUUGUUACUCGACACGCACAUGCUCAAGACUGCACUACUCGAGCUGCCCUCUAUAGGUUCAGAGGUGAAGCGCCCCGCGCCGGCCAUGUACACGAAAGUCGUCAUAAAACUGAUGACGAAAGCGGAAAUGAUAUUGAAGCUGGUGAUGGCGCCACUGGACGGCAACCUGGAGGGGUUCGUGGGCCAGUUCGUGCAGCUGCUGCCGGAGUCCACUGUGGCCGAGUUCCACAAGGUGCUGGACAUGAAAGGGGCCAAGUUGUCCAAAGCGCAGUUGAGCUCUUUGGACGCGCUUUUCAAACAAACCGCUAAAUCUGUCAACAGCAAUGUAAAGUAAAAAGUAAAUAUCGACGGUUAACCAGAAAUAUAUGCUAAUGGACAUUUAUAUAAAUAAUAUUGUAGUCCAGGAAAGAAAAAGACUUCAUACAUGUAUGUAUGUAUGUAUGUAUGAAGUGUUUUUUUUUUGUUAUUUUUUAUUUUCUGUCACGUCUGUAUCCCUAUUAAGGUAGGCUGUUUCUGCCUAUACUUCAGUUGUGACAAAACCAAUUAUAUUAAUCUAAAAACUAUAUAUAUAUAUAUAUAUAUAUAUAUAUAUA